ACAUAGCCAGAAAUUGAGGGCUAGGAGGCCGUUUCUGAGAGAGGGCACCGUCUCGUGCACAGGCAACCUGGUCUUGGCCUCAGAGCCCUAGAAGCCGAAUCUCCCUAAACUCUGUGACCUGUGUCACCUCUGCAACGCGGGGAGGGGGCGAGGAGGGGAGAAGUCUGGCGUCAGAUGGGAGGACACCGGAAGAGGGGGCCACGUGGGGACGGAAGGCGCCCCCGGGAGGAUAAACACCUCUCAUUUUCUGAUCAGGUGGCGGAACGGGCUUCAUUGGGACAGCCCUAACCCAGCUGCUGAAGGCCAGGGGCCACGAAGUGACGCUGGUCUCCCGAAAGCCAGGGGCCGGUCGGAUCACGUGGGUCAGCCGGGCCCUGAAGCUGACAUCCUUCAGAGCAGAGGGAGGAGAGGGCCGACUCUGAGGAUUACUGUGGAAUGAAGCCUUCCAAAAAGAGGUUCUCAGCAGCCGCCUGGAGACCACCCAAAUGCUGGCUAGAGCCAUUGCCAAAGCCCCACAAUCCCCCCAGGUCUGGGUCUUAGUCACAGGUGUAGCUUACUACCAGCCCAGCCUGACUGCCGAGUACGAUGAGGACAGCCCAGGAGGGGAUUUUGACUUUUUCUCCAACCUUGUAACCAAAUGGGAAGCUGCAGCGAGGCUUCCUGGAGAUUCUACACGCCAAGUGGUGGUGCGCUCCGGGGUUGUGCUUGGCCGUGGAGGCGGUGCCAUUGGUCACAUGCUGCUGCCCUUCCGCCUGGGCCUGGGGGGCCCCAUCGGCUCAGGCCACCAGUUCUUCCCCUGGAUUCACAUCAGAGACUUGGCAGGAAUCCUAGCCCACGCCCUUGAAGCAAGCCACGUGCAAGGGGUCCUGAACGGAGUGGCUCCAGCCUCCUCCACUACCAACGCUGAAUUUGCCCGGGCCUUGGGCGCAGCCCUGGGCCGCCCAGCCCUCAUCCCUCUCCCCAGCACGGUGGUACAAGCUGUCUUUGGGCGAGAACGUGCCGUCAUGCUGCUGGAGGGCCAGAAGGUAGUCCCAAGGCGGACACUGGCUGCUGGCUACCAGUAUUCCUUCCCAGAGCUGGGGGCCGCCUUGAAGGAAGUCAUAGCCUAGGUGGGGGAGGCUCAAGGAAGGGCCUGAGGCCUGUCCCUCAGCGGGGGCUUUCCUAAUGAGAAACUAUGAGCUCAGGUUCUCCUCUGCUUAAAACCUGAACCAUCUGGUUCUUAGGGAGUCCUCUUUCUUUCUCAUUGUCCUGUUGCCUCACCUUAUUUAACUGAGAGACUGUCCGCUGUUUCAAGGCUGCAGUCUCAUCGAGUUGGGACCUUAACCUCUUCAACUGCUCCUAAAUAAAUUCCCAAGUUUGGUUUCCCUGCAUGUCCUGUUCCUGGCCCAUUUCUCCUUUUUGCUGUGUAGAGAAUGUUCCGCAGUUUAGGCAAUAAAGGUAAAUUAUCUCACUAGCUUCAGCUCA